CCAGCUCCAUCACCUUCUUCUGCGUACAUGAAUUUUGUCAUGGCGAAAUUUUCUUUCCGGGUGCUUCACGCGCUGUCGUUGAUCACUCUUUGCGCUUCAGCUGCAGUCAGUGGCAGGUCCAAGCUACCUCUGCCAGCUCCACUCGGAUCCUAUUCGGUAGGAACCACCUCCCUUGAGAUGAUUGACCACUCGCGCAUGGAUCCAUAUGCUUCUACUCCCCAGCCAAGAGCAAUAAUGGUCUCCCUCUUCUACCCCACAACCGACACUCACAAACCAUUCGCACCUUAUCUCCCAGCCAAGCUUGCAGCAAUCGCAGACCAAUACCUUGGGCUUCCAGCUGGAUUCAUCGAGAGCAUCCAACCGCAAGCACACCUCAAUGCGCGUCUAGAAGAGAUACCUGACAUUCCAAUUAUCCUGUUCUCGCCCGGCCUCGGCGCAGCAAGAGAAGAAUACACAAUUCUAUUCGAGGGACUGGCGAGCUAUGGAUAUCUCGUCAUUGCAAUGGACCACACGUACGACGCUGUGCUCGUCGAGUUUCUUGACGGAACGAUCGUCCUUGGUUCUCCUGACAUAAAUGGCGACGCGCAAUCCAUUGAUGUUCGCACAAAAGAUUCAAGCUUCGUCAUCGAUCAGCUUUCAAACAAGACAUUCAUUACCCAAAUCCCCGGCAUCGUCCACCGCACUUUCAAGGAGAGUAAAAUAGCAAUGUUUGGUCAUUCUCUCGGUGGAACAACGACUCUCUCUGUUCUCGAAGCGGAUAAGAGAGUUCUCGGAGGAGUCAGUCUGGACGGGCCAAUUUUCGGAGCCGAGGAGGAGUUGGGGAUAAACAAACCAUUUUUGAUGUUUGGCAGAGACAACCAUACGAGAUGUAAUGACCCAGCAUGGGCGGAAGUGUGGAAACACCUGACGGGGUGGAAGGCGGAGAUCACAUUGGCCAAGACGACGCACUUUACGUUCACGGAUAUUGGUGCUGUUUUCACGGAGGCGGGACUCAUUGACUCUUUGGAUCCUGGGAGGUCGAUGUAUGGAAGUAUAGAUCAGGUGAGAGCUACGGUGGCGGAGAUUACGUACUUGAAGGCGUUCUUUGAUUUUGUUUUGAAGAGGGGGAAGGAUACGAUGUUUAGGCACUCUGAUCCUGCGUUCCCUGAGAUCACGAUUGUAUGAAGUCAGCUUUCUCAAUCUGCUUGAUCCGACUUCAAGGGACUAUGAAAGAGAUUCUGAUCGAAACCUGCUUUACUCUCCAUCUAAUUGACCUCCACCCCAGCCUCCCAGGGUCUUCC